UAUGUAGCUCAGCGGUGUUAAUCCGGAAGUGGAUGAAGCUCCGUGCCCGUCUCCUCUCCGACCUCUCCUCCCUGAAUAUGAGGCUGUUUUCAGGUGUCACGGGACCGAACACACCUUUAUAAGCAUCGUCCCUCCUGCAGUUCCACCAUGAACUCUAAAUCCUCUGCAUCUCUGCUCAGACUCUCCUGGUCCGGGUUCAGACUUUAUGCAUCCAGAUCUCCUCCCUGGGGUUUCCAGUCUGUGAGCGGAACACCGGCAGCCUCCAGUCGUCUUCCUCACGUCUCCUCCUGUGAACGCCACCUGUCCAGCAACGUCAAAGUGAGAUCGUACCUCCAGUACGUGAAGCGGAAGAUCAUCUCCCCUCCCAGCCCUCCGUACGGCCACGUCUGCCAGGUGGGCGACCCGGUUCUCCGCUCUCAGGCGGCGGCCGUCGACCCUGCAGCCGUGACGGCUCCGGAGGUCCAGAAGGUCAUCGGCACCUUGGUGAAGGUGAUGAGGAGGCUGGAGUGCGUCGGGCUGAGUGCGCCUCAGAUCGGGGUGCCGCUGCGGAUCCUGGCCCUGGAGUAUCCGGAGAGGAUGCUGGAGGACGUCUCUCCGUCGUCCAGGGAGGCCCGAGGUCUGUCGGUGCAGCCGCUCAGGGUGUUCGUUAACCCCCAGCUGAGGGUGCUGGACGGACGGACGCUUCGGUUUCAGGAGGCCUGUGAGAGCAUCUCUGGGUUCUCUGCCACGGUUCCUCGCUACCUGUCUGUGGAGGUGUCGGGUCUGAAUGAAAAAGGUGAACCCGUGUCGUGGCAGGCCAGCGGCUGGUCGGCUCGGAUCCUGCAGCACGAGAUGGAUCACCUGGACGGCGUCCUCUACAUCGACCGCAUGGACAGCAAGACCUUCAUCAACAUCAACUGGCAGAAGCACAACGAGUAGAGCAGGCGGACCCUCAGACGGUUUUAGCUGCUGAAUCACCGUGAACUGAUCUUUAAACGAUGCUGUGAUCGCAGAAAACCUCCUUAAAAUGGAAGCUGACAGAGAAAAAUGAUCUUCCGUGGACCUCAGACGUGCUCGCCUCGUCCUCCAGGCCACCAUGAAGACAGGACGUGUUGGAACAAGUUCAGACAUGAUCCAGGAAAACAACGUCGUCUAAAUUAUUGCUAUUGUUCAAACUUGGUUUUCAUUCAACAUAUUGAAAUAUUACGACUAAUUAAAAUGACAUUGCCAAAACUCUA